GAUGGAAUUGGACCACGAAAUGAGCCAACGUCGAUCAAGGAAAGCCCUUGGGUGCCUGAGUGUGCUGAUUGUUGUCGAGGGAUUUCAACUGAACUCCAGAGGAAGUGAAACUCAUCUGUACCUGUCAUCCAAUCAACUGAUUUUGUACAACAAACCCGAGGUGAAGGUUCCUGUGAAACUUUAAAACUGUUUAUGAGCACCUAACUUGUAAAUUUGCAAUCGCUGCACAUCCCAACCAACCCAACCCGAAUUAUACUUCACCCGUCAACUUUCCGGUAGUUAAACACCAGGAACUAUUCUCCCGGUUCCCAUUCACACUUACAACCCACACAAGAUGCUACGCUGGUACCAAGCACGUCUCGCGGCUCGCCCGCUCCUCACACAGGCGAUCACCACCUCGGUGCUGUUCGCGGUGGGCGACAUCACAGCGCAGCAGCUGGUCGACAAGAAGGGCGUUGAGAAGCAUGACCUCGCCCGCACAGGUCGCAUGGCGCUCUACGGCGGAGUGGUCUUCGGCCCCGCAGCCGCAACCUGGUUCAAGUUCCUCUCGGCGCGCGUCAACAUGGGCUCGGCCAACACGACCAUGCUCGCGCGGGUGGCGGUGGACCAGGGGGUGUUCGCGCCGACCUUCAUCGGUGUCUUCCUGAGCAGCAUGGCGGUGCUGGAGGGGACGUCGCCGGCCGAGAAGCUGCAGCGCAGCUACUCGGAGGCGCUGCUGACCAACUGGAUGAUCUGGCCGUUCGUGCAGAUGGUCAACUUCAAGCUGGUGCCGCUGCAGCACCGGCUGCUGUUUGUCAAUGUCAUCAGCAUCGGGUGGAACUGCUACCUGAGCUUCCUCAACAGCUCGGGGGAUGCGAAGAGGGAGGUGGAGGAGGUGGAGGAGGUGGGGAAGGAGAAGCGGGCUGUUUAAUGGGGGAGUGCUCGGCUGGGUUGGCUGGUUGGGGGGGUUGUUAGAGACAGGUCAGGGAGCUGGGAUUUUCUAGACUUGAUUUUGAUAGAUCGAGGUUUGGGGCGAAAACGGCGUUUACGUCUAGCCGGCGAGUACCGUUGAUUUCCGUUCAAUAGACUCAUGGAUGCCAUUGCUCAUGGCUUAGAGUUGAGAAACGC